UUUCCGGUUUAGUCGGACUCAGAAGAACUGCCUUGUCCAGCUUUCGCCAGGAGUUUUACUCUCUAAUGUAAUUAAUCUGUAGGUGUUUAAGACCGAAUUGAUUCGUUAAUUAGCCGUGCCUUUGAUGAUAUGCCCAGUAGCUCUGGGUUAGGCUUUAUUUCUAAGUCAUGGACCCUCUGAAGCAGCUUCGGGAGUCUGUGGAUCGGUCCGUGGGCUGCAGGCCGAGUCCUUUAAAGACACACUCCCUGGAGGGGCUGGAUCUGGGGAAGAGACCCGGCUGGUGUGGCAUUACCUCACGGAGCAAGAGCCUUAACAUGUCCGAAUCUCCAUACAUCAGCAAACCCAAUUCACCUGAUCGCCCCGAACCAGGAUCCAGGCAUCAUGGGACAAGGACAGGUGGCACGUCAUCCCACGGGUCCUACUCUGUAGCGCUCCCCCCAAUCAACGGCUUGCCAUCGGUGGCUCACCACAGACCGACGGAUGACAGCGACUACCAUAUGGAAACGGACGAUGUGUUAACCCAAACUAAAAAUCGUCUCAAGAAAGCAGAUUGUGUGCUGGGCGACAGGACGCAUGCAGAAGACAUUUUGACCAGUUGUGGUGAAUCCUACUUGAGUGACACGCUGUCGAAGGACUCCUCGUGUUUACCUCAGGACUACAGCGCGGCUGCGUACACACUACGAUCCUCCAGCUCCGCGUCCAUCGAGACGCUCUCAUCCGAAUGUACCGGCGCUAAAAAAACCUCUCCGCGCUCCGUCGAAUACAUCUCCAGCGCAGAUGACAGCGACGUCAUCGAGGUGCCAGUCAGCAGCUCCAGAUGCAAGACGCCUCCGAGCUGCUGCUUCCGAACACACAGCGUUAUCGUUCAUGAGAGAAGACGAGGAAACUCCUCCGUGAAGCGGGACGCUGCAAUGGACCGCCCUCCCGAACAUGUGAACGAUGUCUGUGCCCUGGAUGAAGCCGGUUUGGAAGCCCGUGAUGGUAAAGCUGGCUCUGAAUCCAAGUCGUUGCUGUCAUGGAUGGAGUCUCCCGUAUCUCCAGAAGACAGCGAUCAAGACACGGAUGCUGCUUCUCCCAGAAACUUCCCAUCUACCUCAGAUGCAGAAAACACAAGGGUCUUCAAGUCUCCACAGAGCAGGGCUUCAUCUUCAGCGUCAAACCGUCAACGGAAAACUCCGGCCUCGAAGAAUAGGAAACGGGCGAAACCCAGACCCAAGAGAGCACCACCUGUUGGCAAAUCAGCAAAGAGACCACGGCGAAAACCUUGCUGCUCUGGACCUUCACCCAUGUUUUCUGCUCAAGAGCCGGAGAUCAAACUCAAAUAUGCAAAGCACAAAGAAGAGAAGAGGGACAGCAGGCCGGACGGCUUCGCCCCGUACGUGCACAUGGAGCUCUCGUCCUGCACGAUCGUCAGUUUCAGGGAAGACGACGUUUAUUCGGCGAAGAAAGGAGCAGGCGGUCCCGGGGGCCGUCCCGAAGACGUCCUGUCUGCAGCUGGGCCGUGUUGGCUCCGACGCCAGGUCACAGGUCAGGCGUUUCUGCUGUCUGUGUGGAAGAGCGGGCAGUGUUGAAGGCCUGGGGGACUUGCAUGGACCGUACUGUGAUUUGGACAGUUUGGAGGACGGUGCGUCCCGCUCCUUCAGACGGCAGAGGAAGGAGAACUGCUCGGGGAGCGUGGAGUGUAGUGAGCACUGGGUACAUGAGGACUGUAGCAUCUGGACUGCAGGCGUCUUUCUGGUUAAAGGGAAACUCUACGGACUGGAGGAAGCCAUCCGGCUCGCACAAGGAACAGUGUGUUCGUACUGUCACAUGGUUGGUGCCACUUUGGGAUGUUUCUUCAAAGAUUGCCCCCAUAAGUACCACUUCCCCUGUGCCCUGCAGUCAGGUAAUGCUCAUCAGUUCUCCGGAGACCAUGCAGACACAAUCCAGAAGUAAUGCAGUGUUCAUCGUACAAAACUACUGGACGGUGCGCUCAACGAGGAGAACUUCACCAUGAGAUGCCCGAAGCACAAGGUGACUCAGAGAGAUGGAUUUAGCUGGAGCUCCUCCGAAACGAUGAGUUUAUGUUCUGAGAAGGACACGAGUUUGCAGUAUAAUAGAGUUUCUCAGCGUUAUUGUCCUCCUCUUGCAUCAUCUCCACUGCUGAUAAUGAUCACUCGUGUUUCAGAAUAAAACAUCCAGAGCGAGCGUUAGCAGGCUGAAGAACAGAUGACAUCUGGGAGGUGCUGAAAUGUCUUUGAAGGUAGACGUUGACAGACGUCGGCUCAUCUGGCGGUGGAGUGGUCCCUGAUGUGUUUACAGCUCUCUCUGUUUGGUUCAGCGCUCCACGUGUUGAGUGUUACACGUCCUCUCAGGCGGUCUGCAGGUCUGUCUCUGGAGCAGUACUCUCACACAGCGCUGGAGCGUUUCCACUGCGUUCCUCUGCGUUCUCAACACUCAACCACUGCAGAUCUCCAUUUCAUCUGGGUUUACUGAAGGCCAAAUAUCUCCUUCUGCUUCAGGAUGAAUCCUGUAAAACCUUUUAAAGUGGCAGUCUAAACAACAGGGGGAUCAAUAAUGAGAGCCUCGCUUCAUUUGAAGUAACAGUACAAGUGUAUUGAGCAGAAGUCAUUAUUUGUGCACUUUAGCAUCUCUUUGUUCAUUAAAUAUGUAACACCAACUGUCCUUUCUAUAACAGCGAUGUCUUUUUAUUACAUAAAGCUGAAUGCUGAAUGAACUAGUCUCCUCCAGUGGUACUGUAUGCACUAUUACCUGAGCAUAUUUAUUUCUAUUUAUGUUUAAUGCAUAGGUGUAUAUUUAUUUGCCAAUGACCAGCCAGAGUGUGUUUUAGCACCCUGUAUACACGCAGUAGAGGCACAUUAUGAUUUGAUGUGGGUAACAGCUACAGGGGGCUUUAAAUAUGAGUCUGGUGUCAGUUUGAAUCUUGUGGCCUGGGAAUCAAGAAAUCACAGCGUCUGUAGGUUUCUCCAUUUCACCUGAUGCCUUGUGAUGUGUGGACUUCUGUUUCAAUAAAUGUUUUUAUUCUACAUUCCUGA